GCGGAAGCGUUGUCAGACAAAUCAGCUGCGAAAUUCGAACUUUUACUAUUCACGUGUUAUUUGUUAGAUACGAAUUGUUUUGUUCAAUUUUAGUUCUAUUUACCUGAAAUAACUUACGUUUUUGAAAAUUACUUUAAAUUAAUUGCAUGAAUUAAAUGUCGUCCGUUCCGGAUAUGCCUACUUUGGGGCAAAACAAGAAUGUUGCCCCCACAACCGAUUCAGAAACUGAAGAAUUUCGAAAAUAUUUAGAAAGCAGUGGAACUUUUGAUGUUAUUACUCGCAUUUUGAAGGAGAUGUAUGAAAAAGAAGACAAACCAGCGGAUCCUUUAGUCUAUUUUACCAGAACUCUCGGAGCUGUAAGUUUUGAGGCCAGAGAAAUCAAUGCUUUAAAGGAUGAAAUUAUUGAUUUGAAAUCUGUUAUUGAGGAAUUAGAAAGAGAAAACAAAAUUUUGAGAGAAGCAGUAGAUAAAAGCACUGCCUAAAAUUUAGCUUUGAUUGAUAGACUUUUUAAACAAUUGUGUAAAAUGGUGAGAGUGAAAUAUAGGUAUAUAGUUUCGGAACUGGUGACUGAUAAACAUCAGCAUUUAAUAAAAUUGCCUGUUAAAGAGAAAGACAUUAAAAACACUGUACUUGAUAUGGUUAAUGAAAUUCAUGGUGAUUUUGGUGUAUCUUGCAUUCUUGCUGGCUUUUCUAUUAAACUGUUUAAUCCUGUCACAAGAAUAGUUAUUUUUAGAGCCCGUCGCCAACACCACAAUAUUUUAUCUACUGCUUUGCCUUUAAUUACUGCAGUUGGUAAAAUGAAAUUAAUAAUGAGAACUUUAAAACUCUCGGGAACUAUUCGAAGUGCUUCAAAAUUUAUUAUAGCUUAUGAUAAUGCUAAACUUAUUGACAUGGUGCAUCAGCUACAGAUUGCUCCUAAUA